CAUAAAACUUCGUUUCUACUUUGUCCAUUCAUCGAUAAUUUCCCUUUUCUUACCCCCAAUUUGUCCAAGGAAAAGGGGGUAUUUUCAGCGCCCAAGAUAUGGCCGGUGAGGUAACGGUGGAGGGUGCUGCGGCGGCGGUCGCCACAGAAUUAGCCGAUUCCAAUCAGCAGUCCCAUAAAUUGGAGAGAAAAUGGACCUUUUGGUUUGAUAACCAGUCCAGGCCGAAGCAAGGUGCUGCUUGGGGCACCUCUCUGCGCAAGGUCUAUACCUUCGACACCGUCGAAGAAUUUUGGUGUUUGUACGAUCAGUUAUUCAAGCCGAGCAAGUUGCCGGCUAAUGCAGAUUUUCACCUGUUCAAAUCUGGAGUUGAACCGAAAUGGGAAGAUCCUGAGUGCGCUAAUGGAGGAAAAUGGACUGUCACCAGCAGUAGAAAGGCUAACCUCGAUAGCAUGUGGCUGGAAACGUUGAUGGCUUUGAUUGGGGAACAAUUCGAGGAGUCUGAUGAGAUCUGCGGCGUAGUUGCCAGUGUGCGCCAGAGGCAGGACAAACUUGCCCUGUGGACCAAGACAGCAACAAAUGAAGCUGCUCAGAUGAGCAUCGGUAGGAAAUGGAAGGAGAUUAUCGACGUCACCGACAAGAUUUCCUUCAGCUUUCACGAGGAUUUGAGAAGGGAAAAGUCAGCAAAAGCUCGAUACAGUGUUUGAUCAAUUGAUCAUGUUGAGCUGCUAAAUUUUGAGGAAGAUGCUAAACAUUAUAUUUUGACAUACUCGUCAUUGUUACAUUUCUUUUUUUUGGGUUUGUUUUUUAUUCCAAGACAAAUCAAUUAAGAUCUUCCAUGUUUUGAAUGUUCAGAUUUUUCCUUCAAUGUAGUAGCCUUGUCAAUUUAUUAUUUA